AUGGUCAGCCUGAUCAAACCUCUUGGAUGGAAUUCCAUCAUUUCACCCUAUUGGGAUCUUGGAGGCCAGCCAAGAUUUAGGCCAAUGUGGGAACGGUAUUGCCGGGGCGUCAACGCACUGUUGUACGUCGUGGACGCAGCUGAUAAGGAGAAGCUGCCAACAGCGACGGAAGAGCUUCAUGAUCUUGUAAGCAAACGGUCACUCGACGGAAUCCCGCUGUUGGUCCUGGGCAAUAAGUCCGAUCUCCCCAACAGGCUCUCCGUCGAUGAAUUGAUUGAAACCAUGGAUCUGAGGUCCAUCAUGCAUCGUGAAGUGAGCUGCUAUGGUAUCAGUGCCAAAGAGGAGACGAACCUCGAUGCUGUGCUCCACUGCAUCCUCCUCCUAUUCCAAAACGUUUGGGGGAGGAUUGGAGGAAUAGGAAUGGAGGAAUGGGAGUCGGAGGAGACUGUGUAUGGGGAGCAUUUAUUUAUCCCCCUUCACACCCUGUGCAAACAACUCAUCGGCAGCCAUCCCACGCCAGCAGCCGAGCACAGACCAAGUGAUGCGUUGGCAGUGCAGAAAAGGCACCAUGAUUGCACCAUGAUUGUAGUGGGGGUUGCCAACACUUAUGGUGAUCUCUGCAUGAUUCCAGGCCAGAGAACUUCAGCCUUGGCGCUUGCUGGCGAGUGGCUAAGCGUUGAUCGAGGAUUAGUCACCAUGUCUGAGAGCUUCGGCAUUUUCAUUGGCUGA